CCAGGAGUGCCGGCCUGCGCACCCCCAUGCUGCUGCCGGCCCCCUCUUCCCACCGUCUCCCAGGGCUGCACAGGCACCGCUCCGGUACCCACCCAGCCUCCUUACGAGAGACGGAGAGACAGGCACCCAGAGGUAAGAGACAUGCCACGCCAUUCCUCCGUGAGGUUGGAUGCACUGGAUUGAUCACAAGGGGAGGCAAGCAGAGACUGUUUGGAGGAGGGGGGAAACCUGAAACUUGCACUAGGAACCCACAAACUUUCAUUACAAGGCGAAAGGUCGGAUGGGUCUCGCUGCAAAACUUGCCAAGCUUGAAAAAUCUUUCAGCCAGCUCAGGCUGAGUGUUGGCUGCAUUUCCAGCGAACAUCAGCUAAUUCGUACUGGGUUUCAGGUGGUGACCAGCUGGUUUUUAUCCACCAACCAGCACAGCUUGGGCACUCCUGACUGUUGUGCUUCAGAGUUCGGGGGUUGUUAAAAUUCAGAGCACAACUUGAGCAGCUCAGCCAAUCCUUGGCGCAACCUUGUUGGCUUAAAGAAUUUAUUCCAAAGCUGACUUUGCCCCGGAGAGUGAGGGGUGUGUACACACAGAGCGUGAUACCAGGACAUUUGCAUGAACCGCUCAGGCUGCUGGCUGCUGAGCUUAGCACUGCACAAGCAGAGGUUGUAAGCAUGAAGUUAGAGCUUUUGCCACUUUUGUGUCAUGAUAAGAUUCCAUAAACUUCAUUAAGAAUUUUGUCUUUAGGAUUUGUAAAGUGGAAAAAAGUCUUACAGUUUUGGUCAGGUGUGUGUGGUUUCUUAUGACAAUGUCUGUCUUGAUGGCCUGAGCUGUCUAGCAGAACAGGUCCCUGUUUUCCUGCGUUAAACAGACCAAGCUGUCCUGUAUAGCUUAAGUCUUUAGAUUUGGGGGAAAAAACCAGCCCUGUUCCUGGGUGUUAGAUGGUUCUGUAUAGCUGUCGUGUCACACACUGUACUGAGAUCAGAGCCAUGUUCUGCUAAAUAUAACACGAACACAGUACUGUAUUCUAAUUCAUUUACCAUCUAAGUUAACAAUAGGUGCAAAGGACUGAAGAAAGGAAUCCUCUCCUCCUGUUAAAGGGGUGAGGAACAGAAAGGCUGAAGGGAUAUGGCCAAAUGCCCAGGGAAAGUAUUCGAAGCAGCCAGGCAUUGAGUGAAACUGCCCCAGGCCCAGAUCGGACCAGUCUCUUAACCUUUACAACUCUCUCCCUCUCUUUUGCUGUUUGGAAAUGAGUUUAAUUAAAGUGAAUAGGAGUUGCUAAGAGACCAGAGGAGUCUGGAGUUUGUUGCCAGGGCUGAAUCGCCACUCUGCUUCCAAGGCGUUGCACUAGGAAGGAUGAUGUAACGUGAGCCUACAUAAAGCACUCCAAGCUCCAGGGUAAGCUGCUCUCUGCCUGUAGUUAAAGCCUGGUUCACCAGUUCUCAGCUCCUUUAUUUUACUGAACUGCUUUUUUCCUUCUAGACACCGGCAAAAACCAUGUUCAUCUCUUUAUAGCAUUCCUCUGCCCGCGUCCAUCUUGUAGAUUUCUCCUCAUGAUCUUUCAGGUUGGAGGUGGCAGUGGGCUGGGCCUGCAAUUUGUCCUGAGCAAGUAGCUUUGGAAAUUAAAAGGUUGUCUAUUUCUAAACUCUCUCUAGUUCAUUACUCCUCAUCCUUUCCUCUGCUCCACCACAGUUUCAGCCCAGCAUUGACAGUGGGACGGAUGAAGUCUUCCAACUCCAUUUCUGCAGCCUAACAUUUUGCUUUGACACCGUGGCUCAUGCUUGAAACACCAGGAGUCUCCAGGCAAUCUCCUGGGCAAGGGUUGUUUACCUUCCAAGAUCAAGACAAGAGAUGAUAUGUUUAGCAUCACACAGGUCACACCACUGCUAAAUUACUUCUUUCAUUUCUACCUGACUUGUUGACUCAGGACCAUCCAAAUGCACAAGAUGAUUGGGAAGAUAACCUAUAGCCUGGGAACACAUGUGUCUGCUGUGGCAUGUGGGACCACCCAGGUGCUUAUGUCAAGAUUCAGCCUUCUGUACAAGAAGCCCUGAUGGAGGGGAGACCAGUUGUAGCCUUGGAAAGCACCAUCAUUACACAUGGCAUGGCCUAUCCUCAGAAUCUGAGCAUGGCCAGAAAGGUGGAAGAAACUGUAACAACAAAUGGAGCAGUGCCAGCCACUGGCUUGUCCGGUGGCACUACCGUGUCUGGGACAAUGAUUGCCGCACACAAAGCAGGAAUCCCCGUGUUUGUAACAGGUGGCAUAGGAGGCGUCCAUCGGGGAGGAGAGAACAUGUUGUUAUCUACUGCCUCUCAGCUGAGGAGGAGGAGAGUCUCACCACAAAAGAGACUUGGGCCUUCGUUUGUGUUAGAGCUCUGGAUGUGAGUGCUGACUUGACAGAGCUAGGACGAACUCCGGUUGCUGUUGUAUCUGCAGGAGUCAAGUCUAUCCUUGAUAUCGGCAGGACACUGGAAUAUCUGGAGACUCAGGGAGUCUGUGUGGCUGCCUUUGGAGAGUCAAGGGAGUUCCCAGCCUUCUUCUCACGCCAGAGUGGCUUCCAGGCACCAUAUCACGUCCGGGAUGAAGAGGAGGCAGCUGAACUCAUUGCCAGUGCUCUGGAGCUAGGCCUGAGCAGCGGGGUGCUAAUAGCAGUGCCCUGUCCCCAGGAGCGAGCUGCCCCAGGCCAGGUCAUCGAAGGGGCCAUCCAGCAAGCUCUCAGUGAAGCCAGGUCCAAAGGGAUCACAGGCAAAGAACUGACCCCUUUUAUGUUACAGAAGAUCAAUGAAUUAACUGGUGGAAAAUCAUUGGACUCCAACCUUGCUCUGAUCCAGAACAAUGCCAGAGUGGGCAGCUGUAUUGCAGUGGCCCUGAGCAAACUACAGAAAGCCAGAAGGAAGGGCAGUCUGCCUUGGCGAGAGGACGCAAACCCACCUCAGCCAGUGGUGAUUGGAGGUAUCAACGUUGACUUUAUAGCCAAGGCACAGAACCCUGUCAUCCUGGAUGGUGGGCAAACAAACUCUGGAAGAGUGAGACAAACCUUUGGUGGCGUUGGAAGAAACUUGGCAGACUGCUUAAGCCGUCUUGGACAGACUCCUCUCUUUUUAUCAGCCGUGGGAAAAGAUGAACAUUCAGAAUCCAUCCUGCACUACUGUCACCACAUGGUACAUUGCACAGUAACGGCACCUCAGAAGCAGGGAAGUGAUGACAUUACAGAGGAAAAAGUCUUCUCAACCCUGGCAGAUAUAAGAGCCACCUUCCAUCAGGACAUGAGCGCUGUCCUUCAGCUGGAGGGGAAGAGCACAGCCACUUACUGUGCUGUGAUCACUAGUGCUGGGGAGCUCCGCAUUGCCUUGGGAGAUAUGGACAUCCACCACCAGAUAACAGACCAAUAUGUGUCCCAGUUCAAGGACAACCUGUGCCAGGCCCCGCUAGUUUGCAUUGAUGGAAAUGUGCCUCUUUCCACUAUUCAGUAUGUCUGCCAACUAGCUAGAGAGCAUCAGCUAGCAGUGUGCUAUGAGCCAACAGAUGAGAACAAGGCCUCUAAGCCAUUCCUCUCAGACAGCUGGAAAGCGCUCACAUACAUUUCCCCCAACCUGCAAGAGCUAAGAGCAAUAAAUCGGACCCUCGGGAACCCUCUGCCAGCAGAGCUGCCAUCUAGGUUGGAGGAUGUUGUCCAGAGUGCAAUGGCUCUGGCCCGCCCGUUGCUGGCCCACCUGUGCUGUGUGGUGGUGACCCUUGGCGCUCACGGUGUCCUCCUGUGUGGCAGGAGCCUGGGAGGGAGCAUCUCACUUCGUCCAGGAGCUCACAGACUGACUGCUGCUGCCGCCGGCCUCUGUGCCACCCACUACCCCGCCAUCCACGUCAGCAGGGAGGAGAUAGUCAACGUCUCAGGAGCCGGCGACAGCUUAAUGGCGGGAAUCCUCGCAGGGAUGCUUGCUCAGCAUGACACAGACACCUGUGUCCGGAUGGGUCUGCUUGCGGCAAGCUUCUCUCUCCGUUCCUACGCGCCCAUUUCCCCAGAAAUCAGCACUUCCAGUGUCAGCCAGGAGCAAGUCAAGAGCAGGAGCUGGCCAGAGGUGAAGGAACUGGGCCGUGUUUUGAGCUUAGAGCUCAAAAGCUGGCUGCUGACCAGAGGACUUAGACUUUGGGCGCACACUACCUUUUGGGAGGUGAAGUGUCAAUGGAGAGCAUUCGGUGACAACCUGUAUUGCACUCUUCAUGCUCAUGUUUGUCUGCUGUUGUUCCCUUUUUUUUUCUUUUUUUUUUUUUUUCUGGUGGGUUACAGCAACCACAGCUUGAUUCUUCUGUCUGCUGCCUGUUGAGAGUUUAUCUCACCUUCCCCUCUAAGGGGAACACUCAUCUGUUUUGGUCUUGCGUAAACCCUCAGAGAAGGAAGCAACAACCCAGGGACCUUCUUCUAUGUAAAGAAUAUCUGGUUUCUGGUCUUUCAGAACUCCAGUCCUUCUAGAUUUUCUAUUGAGGGGAUUUUUUUCCCUUCCUCCACCUUGUGUCACUGCUGUCCAUUAUCAUAGUGGCGCCUCUGUCGCCAGCUCCCAGAUCUUCAGGACCAUGUCUCUUCAGGUGGGCCCAGCAGCAACAUCCUCUCUUGCUGCCCACUCCUGGUUUCUGUCCAGGAGGUCCCAUGGACCGCAACCUGUGGCAGGUAUAUAACACUGUAGGACAUCCUCAUCAGCCUUCCCAAGCCAGCCAGCAAACACUGCACUUACUUUCUUGCUCCAAAGAGUCAAGCGACUGUGCCAAGUUUGCAGUAAGCCCAUGGCAAAGGCAGGAACAGAGCAGAGGUCCUUGACCCCAUCCAGGCUAGAGCUGCAUGGUGAUCCCUCUACCUUUAACCCCUCCAGCAUCUUCAUUAGCAAGGACAUCUAGACUUAGCUCAAUUUUAAACAAGUCAGGGCUGGUCCACAACCUUUUGACAAUUAGCUAAUGUAGCCAGCUUGGAUGUGGAUGUGGAAGUCAACCUCUCAUCUCCCAGAGAUAGCUCCUGUAGAUUUCUUCCAGCCCCUGAGUGACUAAACUCAAGGGUGGGAAACACCAGCUCUGCCUCUGUUUUUUUUAAGUCUUACGCAGGACCCUCAGUGGCUGAUAGGGAGUAACACGGGCUGGCAGUGAGCAAGUGGAAGGAGACCUCUGUGUGGGUCUCAUGGGGAUGUUUGCUGGCUCGAGGCUGCUGAGCCAUUCCCCACAUCAGAGGUAAGGAGGCCAGUGACCAUGUGAACUCAUCCCUGGUCUACAGGGGAAUGCCCACUGUGCAAUUACAAAUGCCAAAACGAUGUCUGAGGAAGGACAGGACAGAGAGGGUCCAGCACAGGCUUCAGGUGCAAUGUCUGUGAGACAGCCUCCCUCUCCCUUACAGCCUUAUACCAGCUGUGGCGUCCAUGUUCAUCAUCACAACAGCCAUGCGUGAAAACACCUGCGUUUUGCUAGUACAUCUUUGCUGUCUAUAUGCAAAAUAAUAGCAGCAGAUGCAUGAAAAUAAGCUCUCUGGUCUCCUUGUGCUCACACCCAAGGGAACAGGCUGGCAACUCUGCAGAAGAGCCUCCUCUGGUGAAUGGUUUUCUUUUUUAACUUUUAAGCCAUGGCUGGGCAGGGGGAACUGUCUCUCAGAUUUAAACAGGCACAAAAACACUCAAUCCACCCUUCAGAGGCCUUCCUCCCACCAGGAGGAGGUAGCGCAGCAGGCAGGACCACAGACACUUUUCACACUAGAAAUCUGUCCUUGGAGCGGCCGGAGGCGGUGGAGGCUGCGGUGGUGUGGCUGCUGCCCCGUCCUGCCCAGCUCUUCAAUUCAGAGCUAUCUUCUGGCUGGAAGCAGUAACUGCAUUCUGCCCAAAUGCUGUGUCUAAAGCCAGCGCUGUCAAUCCCUCCUCAGCAGGUACACAGAACAACUCUGAAUGAAAAGCGUCUCUCCCCCAGCCCCGUGCAUGUGCAGUCGUUGCCCUUGGGUGGCUGAGGAGCCAGAACUCAGCGGAAAAAGGCUCUGGGAGUGACCUUCCCUGCUAGUAAGUGAGCCUGAGGGGAAGGGGGUAGUCCCAAUGCUCAGGACUGUGACUGCAACCUUUUGUUCGCAAAGGUGCUGACGGAGAGGUCACGAUGUGGUGGAGGGUGCCGCCCCUUCCCCAUCCAGAGGAGGCGCCAAAUACAGACAGGUAUGAGGGAGCAAGGGCAUCGCCCGU